CGCUGCAGUCACAUGACCAGAAAAACAGCGGAAGGACGGAGCUCAGCCGACGAGAGAAGAUCGUUGGUUUGAACUCCGAGUCCAGCCUGAAGUGAAACCAUCCAGGAUUUAGUCCUUACCUGAGCUGCUGCAGGAUCAGUUGCAGCCGUCAGGAUGCAGAGCACCACCAACUACCUGUGGCUGAUCUCAGACCUGCUGGGUCAGGGAGCGACAGCCAAUGUUUACCGAGGACGGCACAAGAAAACCGGCGACCUGUACGCCGUCAAGGUGUUCAACAACCUGAGUUUCCUCCGACCGCUGGACGUCCAGAUGAGAGAGUUCGAGGUUCUGAAGAAACUGAACCAUAAGAACAUCGUCAAGCUGUUUGCCGUGGAGGAGGAGACCAACACCCGUCAUAAGGUCCUGGUGAUGGAGUACUGUCCCUGCGGCAGUCUCUACACCGUCUUAGAGGAGUCCACCAACGCUUACGGACUCCCUGAAGAUGAGUUCCUCAUCGUUCUUCAUGACGUGGUGGCAGGUAUGAACCACCUGAGAGAGUACGGCAUCGUCCACCGGGACAUCAAACCUGGAAACAUCAUGAGAGUGAUCGGAGAGGACGGCCGCUCCGUCUACAAGUUGACAGACUUCGGAGCCGCCCGGGAGCUGGAGGACGACGAGCAGUUUGUGUCCCUGUAUGGAACAGAGGAGUACCUGCACCCAGACAUGUACGAACGCGCCGUACUCCGGAAGGACCACCAGAAGAAGUACGGUGCCACCGUGGACCUGUGGAGCAUCGGCGUGACGUUCUAUCACGCCGCUACUGGCAGCCUGCCCUUCAGGCCGUUCGAGGGGCCACGCAGGAACAAAGAAGUGAUGUAUAAGAUCAUCACGGAGAAGCCAUCCGGGACGAUCUCGGGUCAUCAGAAGUGUGAGAACGGGAAGAUCGAGUGGAGCUCAGAGAUGCCGGUGUCCUGCAGUCUGUCCAAGGGUCUUCAGAGCCUCCUGACUCCAGUUCUCGCCAACAUCCUGGAGGCUGACCAGGAGAAAUGUUGGGGCUUCGAUCAGUUUUUCGCAGAGACCAACGACAUCCUGCACCGGACCGUCAUCUACGUGUUCAGCCUGCAGCAGGCCACGCUGCACCACGUCUACAUCCACGAGUACAACACGGCCGCGCUGUUCCAGGAGCUGCUGAGCCGCAGGACCAGCAUCCCUCUGCACAACCAGGAGCUGCUGUACGAGGGCCGCCGCCUCGCCCUCGACCCCAACCGGCAGGCCAAGACCUUCCCCGAGACGUCCCGAGACAACCCCAUCAUGCUGGUCAGCCGAGACUGCGUGGCCACCGUGGGACUGAUCUUUGAAGACCCGAGUCCUCCUAAAGUUCAGCCUCGCUACGACCUCGACCUGGACGCCAGCUAUGCUAAGACCUUUGCAGGAGACGUGGCUCACUUAUGGACAACCUCCGAGUCUCUGCUGGUCUAUCAGGAACUGGUGCGAAAAGGAGUCCGAGGACUAAUCGAGCUGAUGAAGGAGGACUACAGUGAAAUUCUGCACAAGAAGUCUGAAGUCUUCCGUCUCUGCACGUUCUGCACUCAGACGCUGGAGAAGACCGAGCAGCUGUUCGAGGUUCUGAUGCAGGCCAGCAUGCUGUCGUCAGAGUACGACGAGAUCUCUGACAUGCACAAGAAGGUUCUCAGGAUCUCUGGUUCUCUGGAACCUGUGGAGAGAACGACUCAGGACAUCAAGAAGCACUUCCUGUCUGGAGGCCUGCUGACCGACGGCUGGACUCAGCAAGUUGGAACUCACCCCGACGACAGGAAUGUGGAGAAAAUCAAAGUGCUGCUGGACUCCAUCACCGCCAUCUACCAGCAGUUCAAGAAGGACAAAGCAGAAAGACGUCUGCCGUACAACGAGGAGCAGAUCCACAAGUUUGAUAAGCAGAAGUUGGUUCUUCACGCCAGUAAAGCCCGGUCUCUGUUCACAGAAGAGUGCGCCAUGAAAUACCGUCUCUUCAUCUCGAAGAGCGAGGAGUGGAUGAGGAAGAUUCAUCACGUCAGGAAGCAGCUGCUCAGUGUGUCGGGUCAGCUGAUCAGCAUCGAGAAGGACGUGAUUAUUCUGAUGGAGAGAGCCAUCAAGCUGCAGGAGGCGCUGCCUCAGAAGGUCCUUCCUCUGGUGUCCACGGGCAUGAAGCCUCAGGCCUACCUGAGCCCCAACACGCUGGUGGAGAUGACCCUGGGGAUGAAGAAGCUGAAGGAGGAGAUGGAGGGAGUCGUCAAAGAACUGGCAGAGAACAACCACUUCUUGGAGAGGUUUGGAACUCUGACGUUGGACGGGGGUUUGAGAGGCUGAAGGACGUCCAGAGACUCUGCUGUUUGUACAUAAUGUCUUUCCUCUGUAAAUAAGUUCAGACUGAGGUUCUGCUGCGGCUGGACCUUCAGAACCGCUUCGUCACAUCUCUAAAGAUCCUGCAGCCGGCCUCUGGGCCGGGUCAUGAAGUCCGCAUCCGACACCAGCACCAGAACCUGCUCACGCUUCAACCAGGACCAUGAUGAAGGUUCCUCCAGUGGUUCUCUGGUCUGGAUCUCUGAAGAAGUUCAAACUUUUUUUUCUGUAAAAUUUCAAAUUAAACGGGAGAAGAUUUUUGUUCUGACCGUCCAGCAUCUUUACUCGCUUCUGUCCAUGUCCAGCAGUCACUGA